CGUAACAACGAGUGUCAGUGAAGUGUUUGCAUUCAGUUGAAUGAUCAUUACGCUAGAAAGAGCGGGAACAAAGCAAUUUUGCACGUCAUUACAGUGCGAAAAAUUGGCUGUCAACAGAUGUGACAGCGCACAGGAAGAGAUUUUCUUUAUUUUCAUCUGUCUCCGGUCACAGCAUACCGUUCUUCGAGUAAAAGUUCACGGAUUAUUGCGAAUACAAAUCGCGUGCUAUGGCGUACUCUCCAACUGGAGAGAUUUUUAACGCUAGUGGUCAGCGCAGAUUUGAGAAUAUGAUGAAGUUGUUGCUGUUUCUUGAAGCAGAGCUCCAACUCAAAGAGGAGAUUAUCGAUCUAUUGCUGGUUUGUAUUGUACAGUUUUGAUAUUAUUUUUAUCUUGUUUAUCUUAAAGUAGCUAAAGUAUACACAGUAUUACCGAUCGCGCGCUUCGAGCGAGCCACAGAAGAAACCUUGAUGCUCCAUGUUGUACAUUGAAGAGUUCAAGAUUCCUUCAAUCAUGAACGUGUUAUUUCAGACGGAUAUCACUCUUUGGCGCUCCUUUUUCCCUAUUAUCUUGCAUGUAAAUAGUUUUCCGCUUCGUUCAUUGCCGUUCGAGUUUCGAGAUUUUUUUCACCAUUCCGGUCACGUAAGUACAAGAGACCUUACUGUUCCAUGAUCGUUCGAAAACAUACAAUCGAACACGCCGUAUAUAACUUUGCGAAACAAAACCACCAGUUUACAUUCAUAAUUUAUUAAUCUCGUCUCAGUAUUCUCGGUGAAGGGCAUCAAUAUUUCGAUCUUUCUUAGAUGUUGUAUACACCGAAUAGUCAACUAAGUUAACUGAGACCUGCCGAUGGUGGCUUGACUUGAUAGAUACCGGUACUUAAACGCGAGACUUUGACGCAUGCAUUGCGUAAGUUAUUUUCUUACGACUCACGGGUAGAUUUCAAUUAAGAACAAACAUGAAUCUUGGGUGCCCAAUAAACCUCAGGUGUAUGUUCUUCCAGGUUAUGAAGACCUUAUUUGCGGCAAGAUAACGAGAUUUCAUCAUAAAAGCACGCCAUAUUAAAAGCCCAUCAAAUCGAUGCUCUCACCCUCGCACGAAACGUGGAAAAUUUUAUGCAUAGAUUUUGUUUCUAUUAUUUGAGUAGUAUUGCAGUGGGUGAUUGCUUCCUAUCGGCAAUUUUGGAGAACCUUUGUCUUCCUCGGACUUUAAAUUCCGGAGAUUGCAAGGUUUUUCUACAAAUCCACCACCGUCGUAUUGACCUCGCCGGCAGAUCGCGCUUUGUUGGUACAGGCGAUAAAUAAGAUUACUUUAAUAUACGGUUUAGUAUUACCCCGAUUUGUCGAAGUUGUUCUCGACAAAAUGUCAUAACAGUUUUGUCAUCUUGUCAUCUGUAUCUAGACAGCACUUUAAAAGCUCUUGCACAGCGAACUAAAAAAAACAUGACCAAAUUUAUAGUUUACAAAAGGAGUUUUUCCAAACUUUGGACAAACAUUAUAUUUUACCUCAAGAGUUUUGAAACAAUGCCGAAAUAUACCGCCCGGCUUUUCACAGUGUUCUUAAAGAAUGAACGUGUCCUUUUCGGGACUAAACAGCGGGGGAUAAAUGUAAAAUAAAAUCUACAUCAUAUAUACAUGUCGGCAUGUUUUUUUUUUUUUCAGACAGAUUCGGAUAUGAAAUGAAUAUAUUGAAAAGACCAUGUGCUUUUGGGACGCCGUUAUUGUGCCCGAAAUAUACACAAACCAUCUGGAAUAAGCUAUUGUUUUAAAAUUAUCUAAUGUCAAUUUUUAACGGUUAAGCACAGGUCAUUUUUGACACAUCUGAUGAAUUUUUUUAAUUUUUUCUUUUCUACAAUUAAGCGGCUUUGAAUAAAUCUUAUUUCGUCUAAAGAUACGUCUGCUGGGGUUAUAUUCCCAUAGUUUAAAUACUUUCCAGACUGUCCGGUGACAGCAGAGGUUAUCCUUUUAAGACCUUUAUAUAAUUUUGUUUUCUUAGCUUUGAACUAAAGGUCUUGUGGUAUAAUUUUCCUUCGAUUUAUUUUACACUGAUUUACUGAUUUCACAGCUGUUUUCAAUAUUGACACCACGCGAUCUUUAUAAUCUACCCCACUGCCUCUGAUAACGGCAUUGUAGUGAACCUCCGUAUAAACGUGUUGCAGAUCGAAGUUCAGAUUAUCGGGAUGAGGGUACCGAUUAUGGUAAAAAAACGUUUUUCUUUUUUUGGGCUCCAUUUCAUCGAAGCACAUUCUGUUAAAAAAAACCUAGCUAAUAUAUUUCCGGGUAUGAUAGUUACGUUGUGUGGAACGGAUUUGUCGUAUGUUUAGUGUCACCUUUGUCUUGAGGUUAUGUAAUUUUUGUGCCAUCUAUGAAAAGUGGUUGGGAUAUUCUGAAAACUAGAGCCUAUACCGAUCGCUUCCUACCUAGUCUCCCACGCAGACGUUCUUAGGGGUUGGGGGCAGGAACGCGUGACGAACCUCUAAGAACGUCUGCGUGGGAGGCUACUUCCUACCCAUCAUCACGUGUACUUUCGGAUUCAUCUUUCGCGCCAAAAAACCACUUGAGCCAAUCAGAGUAGAGUAGGAUUUCGAGUAGCCACAGCCGUAUUUUUGCGUUGGCCGUGAAUGUAAUAUUAUUGAAACUACUCAGCUCGUUUAGUUUUUUGCUAUUCUGAGUAUUUUUUUGCCUGAUCUAUUUUGAUUUAUAAUGUUUUUGGUAAACGUUUUUUCAGUUGGCAAAUAAAAUGGUUGGUUGUUGUUGUUGUUGUUGCUAGUUUUCGUGAAACAUAAAUUCUGGAGCGAGGAAAAGGGAGAGCGAUGAGGUAUCGGGGAGAAACGCUAAAAUAUACGUUUCGUUUCAUCACUUAACUUCUUUCGGCGGUUCGCGCUUGUUCGUGCAGCUGUGACUUUUAAGAGAAAGAAAUCUACCGUUUGCUGUUUAGACUGCGAGAAAUGGUGAAUGAGAUAAGCAAAGUUUCAAAGAGAAAGCUUCGGCUGGUUGAGGAACCUUGAAAGUAGACUGUUCACAGUCCCCUAUUUUUUCGUGACAUCGUUUAGAUAUACCGCGUCUUACCGUCACGGCUUUCUUGAUUUUCAAAUGUACCGAGGGGGCGGGCGUCGGGGAUUAUAGCUCGGGGGGGGGGGGAGGGGCAAGAUGGGUAGCCCGUAACGCAAAGCUCUCGAUCUCGAUGAUCUUACGGGAAAAUAGAGGACUGUGAACAGUCUACCUUGAAAGUGAUUACAAAAGAGCCUAGAAGUUCUACUGCCAUUUUGAAUUACGCGGACGUUUGUGGAGACAUUAAAUAUAUAAGUAGACUGCACCUAACGCACCAUGAGUCGACCUUUGGGCUCCUGCUAGUUACAAAAACAAAGUGAUAACAUUAAUAUUGACGGCGGAGGGUUUGGUACCUGCAAAUGGAGAGCAGAUAACUUUUAUUUAAAGUUUCCUCGACGAUUUCCGAGUAUUCAUUCAGACACCUGGAUGUAGCCUGAGUUCCUCUCCUCCCCUCCCUCUCCUUCCCCCUCCCCCUAAUCCUUGCGGCUUCCUUAGGUUUUGUUUGCUUUACAGUAAGCUGAAUAGAAGGUGACUAAAAAAAUCAUAGCGAGGCUGGAACCACCAAGAUUCGGAUCACAAGUGCUACAAGAUAACCACCUUAUUAAUUAGCAGGAGCCUGUUUAGACUGUACACAGACGUUGUUUUAUUUUUCUUUUCGUUCUUUUCCAGCGCGGAGCGCGAGAAAGAAAAACAAUUUUCUUCUUCCCCCACCACCACUACCCUUUUUCGCUGGCGGUCCGGCAAUAAGUCCCCCGCGGUUUAUAUUUUAUCACGCACGCUCGACGGACUUUGAAGAGAAAAUACAGGGUUCUGGAACAGGCUAGAGUCUGUUUGGAGCUGUAGUAUCCUUCUUUACUUUUCAUCUGAGUAGAUGUCAACAUAUUUUGCCUGCUUUCACAGGAAGACGAAAAGACGCGGGAUAUCCUCAAUGAAAAACUUAGCCAGCUAAAUAGAAGAGAGCACCACGAUCCCGUUCUAGCCCUAGGGCGAGAUAAUAUUUACGAAGAGGAUCUGUGGGAGGAACAUUUUGAGGAGUGGGAGUCUGGUAAACACUCCUCAUUUGAUCACGUGGUCAAGAGUAAUGCAGGCCAGCUUUGCGCAGUUGCCGCAAUGCGGACAAUAAAAAUGGCAGAGGCGCACCAUGAAAAGUACUUACAGACUUACAAGUCACUACAGAAAACUGGCAAGAACUAUAAGAAGGUAUGUUGAAAGUCGAGGCUGUCAAAGCCUCUGCAUAAAAACCCUAUAAACCAGUCGUCCAAAAAUUUGAACGGAAAAGGAUAUUUUUGACGGAAGAAGAAUGCUUCCUUUCUGUACUUGACAGUACUUGGUGAAUAAGAGCAAUGCCAGCACAUAAGGCCGCGAACUUUAAGUCAGUCAAGUCUUGCAGGACUGUGGAGAGAGCGAACGACCCGAGUGUGAAGUACGUCACCCUUUGCUUCAUUCGCUCACAAGUAACAAGCUCACCCACGAAAAUCCUCAUGGACUGCUGGUGCAGUCGAACCUUCACUAACGGCCACCUCUCUACAACGGCCACUUUUUUUGGCGGACAGUCCUUACACUGGCUCUUGUUUAAACCUCUCUACAAAGGCCACUUUCUUCUGCCCCCAACGUGACCAUUGUUGAGAGGUUCAACUGUAGUGUAAUAAUAAGCAGCUCCCAUUCUGAAAAGGUGCCUCUCUGGGUGAUAGGGUGGAAGGGCGUGGUCUCAAAUGGGUGUCUCCUUAUCGUGUAAAGGAUGGCUGAAUUUAUCUCUUACUUUCCUGGCCAAAAUUUAAAUAAUUUUCAAUCCCAGCAAUAGCUUAAGGAAUGGAUUUCAUUAAAUGAUCACUUGAUGAUUAUUGUGUCUUAUUUGGGGUUAACUGCGCUUCGUGUGGUGAUCUAGAUAAGUAACCUUUCCUUAAUUGAAAUUUAUAUCUGCCAUCUUUUCGGGAAGAGUACAAUCGUUUCAAGUUCAGUUCAUUCUUUGGGGAACUAAGUUCGAAAGUGAUUGCGUUGUUACGCAUAGAUUUGGAUUGACUAACGUAAUGCUUGCAAAUUUGUGAAGAGAGGGCCUAUGUGGAUUUGGUUUUAUUAUCGCUAGAUUAAUUCUGUGAGAGUCCGUCGAUUUGAGGUUGAUUAAUUAAGGUUUUCGAGAAAUGAUAAGGGUUGACCGUUUUAGUGGAGCGAGAGAUUUUAUAGGAGGAGGAUUGUAUGGCUAGACACUGACUGAAAUAACGGCUGCACAGGGGACUAGCCUGUGUGUCGUGGGGUGUGUUAUAUGCUAUCGUGAGGUAAUUCUACAAUACUCAGUGAAUUGGGAAACGUUUGUUCCACUAGGUUUCUAUGUAGUGAGAUAUUGCCUUCCCCACAAUAUUUCAAAAGAGCUGAAUUAAGAGCCUUUUUUCUCUUUGCAGUUAAAGCAGCAACUGAUGGCCAGAGAAACCAAAGUUGUAAAGCAGGAACCGGUCCGAGAGCCUGGAUCUGAUUCUGCCUGGGAAAUGCGGGAACUUGAAAUGAAGAUCGGGGAACUACAUCUGCAAAUCGACAACGAACGAAAGCGAAACGAAGAUCUACAACGUAAAGUCGAAGAACUUACGACAACAAUCGGAAAAGAGCGGAAAAAGUACAAAAAAAUAAUUGAAACUUUGGCCAACGAGGUUGAAAGGCUUACAAAUCUAGUGAAGGCACAAGGAAGGAAUGGAUAUCAUUUGAAUGGACAUAAAAUUAACCACGAAAGACAAGACAGUAUUAAAAUGGGAACGAACAACCAUCAUAUGGAUACUUUUCCUUUAUCGAAGGAAAAUGAGAUUAAACAAUUCUACAUAUUGUAAAAUAUACAAAGAAGUGAUACUCCAAGAAUCUUGACCUCGGCUUUCCACUGGCGCUUUGUAAAAAGAUAAUAUUUUUGGUGUAUUUGCCCUUGUAUCAUUUGGUGUUUACAUCUUUCAUAAAUGGGAUAACUGCGCAAAAAAGCAAAGGCUAUUGGAACCAUAUUUUUAGUGGUUUUUGCUGCCCAUCAAGAGAAACAUGUUUGUACGCAGUGUCUUUUACGGAAUUAAACGUACGCAGAUUUUAAUAUACCUUCAAAAGACGACUAAUUUGAAACAAGUACACGAGAAGUAUGCGGAGAGUGUUACAACUUCGAUUCUAAAGUUAGGUUUAUUUAAUUUUUACUAAGAACUUCUAGUGCAGUUGCGUGUU